UUUACUUCAUUGUUCUGUUAAUUUUUCUCUUUACAGCCAUCGAGUUCUUUUGUUAGUUAAACAAAGGUUUGAAAGAACCGAUGCGGUACGGUUUUAAGCAAUUGUGUAUGGGGGGUGUUGUUCGUUAAACAGGACGCAUUUGUCCUAACUAAUAUCAGGGACCCGAAUUCUUUCCAGGAGCUAUUCAAUGUAGAAACCUUACAACUUGAGAACUGAAUGACUGCAAAAAGCUUUUGACUCCAAAAUUACAUGGACGGAAAAGCAUUGCCAGGACCGAGAACACAACAAAACUCAGAGCCGCACAAGAGCAAAAUGUUUGUCGCACAUUUUGUCCGUUUUGCACUGAUUUUGCUCAUUUGCCGGAGUGAAUUUUGCCAUGGUGAGGAAGAACAACAAGCAAAGGACAAAUUACAAGAAGCAUUGAAGUCAGUUGAAGAGUAUAAAGUCAGAAACAAAAGAGCAGCACCUUGCAAAGAUGGCUACCAUGAUUGCUCGAUUUACAAGCCUUACUGUAAACACAACUCUUAUAAAGAGUUUGUCAGCAAAUACUGCAAGAAGACGUGUAACCUUUGUCCUAAACAAUGCCGCGAUAUAGUUCCCUAUUGUGAAGUAAUUAAGAAUCGGUGCCAAGACAAAGUCAUUGGCGUGUCAAUGAGAUUCUACUGCUCGAAGACCUGUUCAGUGUGUGGAGUACCAACGACUGCGCCACCUACAACUAUUCCACGCACAGAACAGCCUAUAGACCAAGGCAGCGUAGAGUGUGGCAGAAGAGUGGUCGGUAGCAGAAUUGUGGGGGGCACAAACGCCAAACCAGGGGCUUGGCCAUGGCAAGUGACAAUGGACUACACUGGGCACCAUGGCCCUCACUGGUGUGGAGGAUCCAUUGUGACUUCGCACUGGAUUGUCACUGCUGCUCAUUGUUUUGUGUACGGAGUUGAUCCUAAAGAGUACACUAUCGUUGCUGGUGAAUAUGAUCUUAAUGGACUGGAGGGCUACGAGCAAAACAUGAUCAUCGACAGAAUCAUCAAACAUCCAAAAUAUGACGCGUCAAGCAAUCACGAUUAUGACGUGGCGAUGAUAAAAUUGAAGAACCCAAUCAAGUACAAUACUCACGUGAGACCUGUGUGUCUCGCCAAGACUGAGUUCGACGUUGGAACCAACUGUUCCAUAUCUGGGUGGGGCCAUACUACGGAAGGUGGAGAAAUCCCCCAGGUUUUACAGCAAGCAGAAGUUCCUCUUGUGUCACGUGACACUUGUCAAGAAGGAUACGACGACUUGAGAUACACCAUAACAACACGCAUGCGCUGUGCAGGUUACUCCGAGGGAGCCAUUGACGCAUGUCAAGGAGACAGCGGAGGACCGCUGGUCUGUGUGAGGAAUGACAAGUGGUUUCUCAUGGGUGUCAUUAGCUGGGGGAUAGGCUGCGCGCGCAGAGGAAGAUACGGGGUGUACGCUGACAUGAUGGACCUCAAGUUUUGGGUGCAGGAAACGAUUAACACAGGCUGAUGUAUGCAGUAAUGUAAUCAACACAAGCUAAUAUAUUCAGUUUUCAGCAAAAUACAACAUGAAUAAAUUAUCGUCCUAUCCACGUAACUCUGACUUUCUUUAUCUUUUCCAAGCUCCUUGUACCAGUUGCGCAACCAAAAUAGUCCACUUUUGGCAAAGAGCGUUGAACUGUGAAUUGCAAAAGUAUCUCUACCUAAAGAAAGAUACGUUUUAAAGUUCCUAUGUGGUCCUUUGUAAGGUUAGUGCGCCGGAAAAACGAUCGUACGGUCUUUUGCUCGUAACUCUUUAUGUUGCUCUCACAGCGCCUCUUUACACGAAUGACUCGAAUUAACGCUUGGGGUGUCCGUGGGAAGGAUAAUCAUCCCAUGGGGGUGGGGGUGGGGCGGUAGAGUGAUCCAUUACGCCUUAGUCCGUCAAACCCUCGUAAUAAGGGCGUUCAACUCAAAGGUCAGAGGUUUUCACGAGGCAGACAAACAUUUUCUGCCAAAACUUGUUAUAUAUUUUGAUACUUGUGUCACGCUCUAUAGACCCUGAGGUCGCAGUUCGAAAACAAAACAUGAAAUUAACGAGAUCUUUGCCAGAAAUCAAAUCUCAAAACUAGCCAUUAAUUGUGUAUUUUUCUUUAAAAAAAAUAUCACAUGGCAAAAUAGGUUUUUUCCUAAGCUCAAUUUCGUACUGAUACACCAGCUGGUUAUUGUGUUUUCAUCCGAUGUUGUCGGCACCUCGAGCAAUUUUUGUGUUUGUGAAAAGCCCACUAGACGUCAAAAUAUUUUGUUCGCUGGUUACUGAAUGGUGUUAGAAACAAUUCGUUUAGAAACAAUUUAGUCAUUCUGAGGAGAAAUUAAACACGAUUAUUGAGCUAACAUAUCGUAAAGAAUUUUUUGCGUACUGUUAAAAGAUCUGUUGUGAUGAUAAUCGUCCUACUAGUAGGGUGGUUUUGGUUUUUAGGAGAAAACGAAGCGGUCGUCGCUUUUAAAUAAGUAAAAUACGGCAGUUUUCAGAAUGUACGACCACCUAUAACAGACCCUCUUUUGUGACGAUGUUUUCAAUUCAUAUAACCGUUCAGUUUCCCCGUUAAUGAUUUAUCUAUGCAAACUAAACCGAGCGGUGGCCACAAAAGCACGUAAAAACCGAAGUGAACGAGCUAAAUUGAUGAUUUCCCGCAACCGCGCGAUAAUUUCUUAACCGUAAACCACCCGAUAAAUGUGAAUGUACUCCCCCUGAAAAGCAGCACUCGAAAUUAGCUAAAAUUGGCUUAAACCGCCAAACCACCAGAGUAUAUCAUGUACUCAUGUAUAUAGACCCUCACAAAACGCUCACA